CUCGACCUGCGCCUGUUUGAGUAGAGCACUAUAAACAACAACUUCCUGGCAGUGCCACUUGGUAUCCCUUACUUCAACUUAAUUUCCCAAUAUGUCUACGCCAGCACCGAGAGUGAUUCUGGGGCUGAUGACCUUCGGCCCGCCUGGCGGCCCGGGAGCUCGAAUUGACAAGCUGGACGACUUCAAGAAAUGCCUCGACUAUUUCCAAGAUCAAGGCUUCGAUGAAGUCGAUACUGCCCGGCUUUACAUUCACGGUCAGCAAGAAGCCUUCACUGCCGAGGCCGGUUGGAAAGAAAGAGGACUUAAGCUAGCCACAAAAUGGUACCCUACCAAGCCCGGAAUGUUCAAAGCAGAGACUGUCAAAGCAAUGGCCAACAAGUCAUUUCAAGAGCUGAAGACAGAUUCGGUCGAUAUUUGGUAUCUCCACGCAGCAGACCGGAGCGUCCCAAUUACAGAAACGCUGGAGGCUGUGAAUGAGCUCUACAAGGAAGGCAAGUUCAAGAAACUCGGUUUGAGCAACUUCUCUGCAUUUGAAGUGGCUGAGGCGGUGACGAUCUGUAUUGAACGGGGCUGGGUACGGCCGUCCAUCUAUCAAGGAUGUUAUAAUGCGAUCACCCGAACAAUUGAGACGGAAUUGAUACCAUGCUGUCGCCGUUUCGGCCUCCAUCUCGUCAUCUUCAACCCUCUCGCUGGCGGUAUGCUUGCAAAGAAGUAUAACAAAACCGAAGUUCCAGCGAAAGGCCGAUUUAGCGAUGCGGAAGGUGGUGGAAUGGGGGCGAUGUACCGCGCGCGAUAUCUCAAAGAUGCGACUUUUGAGGCAGUCCAGCUCCUAGAGCCGGUCAUUGAGAAACAUGGACUGACACUGGCUGAGACGGCCUUGCGGUGGUGCGUGCAUCAUUCGGCACUGAAGGCGUUUCCUCCUGGGAACGACGGUAUCAUCAUCGGCGUCAGCAGCUUCGAGCAGUUGGAGAGCAACGUCAAGGAUCUGAAAAAGGGUCCUUUGCCACAAGCAGUGGUAGAGGCCUUGGACGAGGCGUGGUUGUUGGCGAAACCUACUGCGGCUAACCCAUGGCACGGGAGCCUGGAUUAUACGUAUCAAGUGUGAGACAUCCGUAGCUUCGAAGGAUAUUAGCUCCU